CGGUUCCACCUACUCGCGUAUCGCUGAAGUAACGUUUUUCUUAUACAGCAACCAUGAGGCUCGUCCCUCUUUUAUUAAGUUGUUUUACAAUUGCACACACGUACAAGAUAUUGUGUGUGUUUCCAACACCAAGCAGAAGCCAUAACAUGCUAGCUAAGGGAAUUGUUCAACCUCUAUUGAAGGCUGGACAUGAGGUGACAUGGGUAACUCCGUAUGAUGAUAACAAGCCUCAGAAGAACUUAAAGUUCGUUUACCUUAGGGAUGUACUAAAAAUCAUGGACAGUAUAGACAUGAGUGACAACGACAAAAAGCAAUCUAUAUCAUAUAUGCUGGAGAUAGGGAGAAAUGUGAGUUCUGCUACGAUGGGAAAUAAGGAGCUCAGAGAUAUAUUGGUGAUGCAACAAUUCGAUGCUGUAGUUACAGAGUGGUUCAUGUCAGAUGCAGACGCAGGCUACGCAGCUGUCCAAAAAGUUCCCUGGAUAGUUCUAUUCACUCAUAUGAGUACACACGUCGAGAACCUCGUAGACGACGUCCGCUCAGUUUCGACUGUGCCAUCAUUGAUGACUGAAUACUCAAUACCAAUGAAUUUUUGGCAACGGCUAGUUAAUACCGCAUCAUUUAUGAUAUUUACCGGACUAACAAUGUACAACGCAGCCAUGGAUGCAUCCCGUUAUGAAUUCUUCUUCUCUCCCCUAGCCCAAGCUAGAGGCGUAGAUCUACCCCCUUUCAGAGUGGCAUCUUCCAAUAUAUCCAUAGUGCUGGUCAACUCUCAUCCUUCCAUUGCUCCGGCGCAGAGUCUACCACCUAACGUUAUUGAUAUUGGCGGAUACCACAUUGAUGAAGGCACGCCCACACCUAAGGAGCUUCAAGAACUAAUGGACACCUCUGUACAAGGUGUAGUAUACUUCAGCAUGGGCUCAAUAAUCAAAUCGUCCACAAUACCAGAAGAGACGAUAAGCAGACUAAUACAAAUUCUAGGGUCAUUGAAAAUGACUGUCCUGUGGAAACUAGACCAUAUACCUAAGGGAUUACCUAAGAAUGUUCAUAUUAGGACUUGGUGGCCUCAAUCUAAUAUUUUAGCGCACCCUAACAUCCGUCUAUUUAUAACCCAUGGUGGUGCCCUAAGCACAUUUGAAGCCAUCCACUACGGAGUCCCUCUCCUCGCCGUGCCUGUGUUCGGCGAUCAGCCCGUAAACGCUCGUCGAGCUGAACAAGCUGGAUAUGCUCGUGUGGUUCCAUUUGAACCAACAUUCGCCCCAAAAUUGGAGAUAGCUUUGACAGAAAUGCUGAGAAAUGAUAGUUACUACCACCGCGCGAAAUAUCUGUCGAAAUUGUUUAAUAACCGUCCUGUAUCACCGUCUAAACUAAUAACGCAUUACAUUGAACUGGCUAUCGAAAGCAAAGGAGCCUACCACCUUCGUUCGGCGACGUAUUUGUACAAAUGGUACGAAAGAUGGAUGCUGGACCAAGUGGCAUUCGUUGUAGUCGUACUGUACGUGUUGAAGAAAGUAAUACAGAAAGUCUGUAGAGUGCUGUGUGGAAAGAAAAAGGAGAUGCAGUUGACGGAAUUUUUAUACCAAAGAUCGAAUAAGAAAAAAAAGAUGGUAUAAUAAUACCUUGCGAUGCAAACUUGGACACUUUUAAC